UGACUACUAUUUAUUUGAGAGAGAGAAAAUAGAGAGAGAGAGAGAUAUUCGUAACCGUGUGAUCCAUCGCUGCCCCCUUCUCGCGCCAAACACCAUAGCCCUUCCUUUCCUCAACCUUGGUGUUCUUGUUCUUGUUCUUGUGUUCUUGUUCAUCUCCCUCAACCUAUACAUGCAUUUAUACUUUUAGAGAGAGAAACUUGAUGAUUUGAGAGAGAGAGAGAGUCGGAAAUGGGGAUGGAUUAUUACAAUAUUCUGAAAGUGAAUCGAAAUGCAAGCGAGGAAGACCUCAAGAAAGCUUACCGUAGGCUCGCCAUGAUUUGGCACCCUGACAAAAACCCUAGCAACAAGCGCGAAUCCGAGGCCAAGUUCAAGCAGAUCUCCGAAGCCUACGACGUCCUCAGCGAUCCCCAGAAGCGUCAGAUCUACGAUCUCUACGGCGAGGAAGCCCUCAAGUCCGGCCAGGUUCCUCCGCCUCCCUCCGCCUCUCGCGCCGCCUCCUCUCAAUUCCACAACCACCACAACCACCAGCACCCUAACCCAUCCUUUCGCUUCAAUCCCCGGGACGCCGAGGAUAUCUAUGCCGAGAUGUUUGGUGCCAACGACGCCGCCGCCGCCGCCGCUUCUAGUCGGAGUCGGACUUUUAAGGACGGGUUUUUUAGGACUUCCACUGGGGAGUUCGGUAAUUCGGCUUCCGCGGCGUCGAAGAAGGCCGCUGCGGUGGAGAAUGCGUUGCCCUGUAGUCUGGAGGAGCUUUAUAAGGGUGCCAAGAAGAAGAUGAAGAUUUCGAGGACUAUUGUUGACGCUUCCGGUAAGGUUCGGAAUGUGGAGGAGAUAUUGACCAUUGAGGUAAAACCUGGUUGGAAGAAGGGAACAAAAAUAACAUUUCCCGAAAAGGGUAAUCAGGAACCUGGUGUCAUUCCAGCUGAUCUUAUUUUCGUGAUAGAUGAGAAACCUCAUGCACUUUAUAUAAGGGAUGGUAACGAUUUGGUGGUCAAUCAAGAGAUAUCACUUGUGGAGGCCCUUACAGGUAAGACCCUUGAGCUGACAACCCUAGAUGGAAGGGAGAUCACGGUCCCAUUGACAGAGAUCGUCAAACCUGGGUACGAGGUAGUUGUCUCAAAUGAAGGAAUGCCAAUUUCAAAAGAACCCCGAAGGAAGGGGAAUUUGAGAAUUAAGUUUGAUGUCAAAUACCCAUCGCGACUUUCCACAGAACAGAAAUCAGAACUCAAGAGAGUUCUUGGGGGCAGCUCCUCGUAAUUUUCUCUUAAAAAAGGUUCAGGAUGACUAUAUCAACGAAGGUAGAUAUUGCAGCUGCUUUGGAUGUAAAUAUAGUAAUUGCAUGCAAUUGAAGAUUGUGAAUACUAGGAAGAAACUUUUAGUUGCGGCAUGAUGGUUGCAUUUGUUGAAGUUGGAUGGGAUUUUAUUUGUUAUUAGCGAGGAUGGGCUUCUGAGUGUGAUUGGGAGAAAUAGGUAGGUCAAAUUGAUCCCAGUAUUUGUCCUUUUUUGGUGCCUCGCGCUUGGAUUGUUUUGUUGUUUAUUAGGAUUUCUAUUCUAUGUCUGAAGAUUAUUUUCUUCGCCUUUAGAACAGAUGGUUAGGGUUGAUCUCACUAAUAGCAUUAAAUGAGAUUGAGUUUCAUGUAAUGGUUUAUUAACACAAUUAAACUUGACGGUUUGUUUGUCUCUUGAUUUUGUUUUCUUAAGGAAACAAGUAUACGAUGAUUGUUAGGAUCA